AUGACGGCGCCUCCGCUUACCUUUGUCGUCGUUGGCGGCUCGUUUGCCGGCGUGGUGGCAGUGCGAGAGCUCUUGAGCCGGCCCACCCCACUAAAAGUGGUGUUGGUGACGUCGCUGGUCAAAGCCUACAACAAUGCUGCUGCUGCCCGGCUUCUUGUCCGCCCCGAGCUUACCCCGCAGACGUUGGUGGACCUCAAUCUCCUCAGAAAGCGCCAGGGGGCUCACCAGUUCGAGAUCGUCGAGGCGAUGGUAACGUCAGUAAAUGUUGACGCCAACCACGUCGUCGUCAGCGACGGCCACCGCAUCGACUACGACUACUUGAUCAUCGCUCUGGGCACCCGCUACCAGAUGGCGGCGUUCAAGCCGUUUGGCGCCGUGUCCGCGGUAAAAGACUCGGUCACCACCACCGCCGCCAACAUCAAGAAGGCCGAUACUAUCUGUGUGGUUGGGGGCGGCCCCACCGGGUUGGAGGUGGUGGGGGAAAUCGGGCUGGCGUACCCGGGAAAGAAGCUCACCUUGGUCGUGGGCCAGCGGGGGCCGGUGCCCCGGUUUGGCGCCGGCGUGGUGAAAACGGUGUACGACAAGUUGAGCCGGUACAACGUCACCGUCGUCGAGGACUACGCCACCGUUAGCGGCAACACCGUCGAGUAUUUGGGCGAGAGCCACCACUUCGACCUCGUCAUCCCCACGUGCACCCACGUCGCCAACACCGGGUUCCUCCCCCCUGACUACGUCAACGACCACGGCUACGUCGACGCUGACCGCCAUUUUAGAGUCAACGGCACCGACAACGUGUUUGCCUUUGGCGACUGCGUCGAGUUCACCACCAAGACGGCGAUCGACAUCAACGGCCGCCAGCACCAGGUGCUCAAACAGACGCUCCUGCGGCAGGCGUUUGGCGACGACGUCCCGCUUAAGGAGUACCGUGAGGGGGCGAUCUCGUUUGCCGUCCCCAUCGGCCCCGGGGGCGGCGUCGGCUACGCCUUUGGCUGGCGCCUCCCCAGCUUCAUGGUGUGGGCGAUGAAGGCGAGAGACUUCACCAUCGGGCGGUCCGAGAAGAUUCUUAGCUAG